AUGCCAAGUGAUCAAGAUUUUGUAUGUCACAGGCAUCUUCAAAGGGAAGAAAGAAUUCACACUGGAGAGAAAACCUAUAAAAGUGUCCAAUGUAAUGAAGUGUUUUCAAGUCACAGUCAUCCUCAGAUACAUAAAAGAAUGCUUACUGGAGCCUUUGUAUAUGAGAGUGGUCUUGAAAUGCAUAGGAGAGCAAACACAGGAGAGAAACCCUGUGAUUGUAACAGAGGUGGUGAAGCCUUUGGAAGCCACAGCCAUCUGCAAAGGCCUAAAAGAAAACAUACUGUAGAGAAGCCCUAUGAAUGUAAACAAUGUGGUAAAGCCUUUGCACAGAACAGUCAUCUUCAGAGUCAUAAAAGAACACAUACUGGAGAGAAGCCCUAUGAAUGUAAACAAUGUGGUAAAGCCUUUGUACAGAACAGUCAUCUUCAGAAUCAUAAAAGAACACAUACUGGAGAGAAGCCCUAUGAAUGUAAACAGUGUGGUAAAGCCUUUGCACGGAACAGUCACCUUCAGAAUCAUAAAAGAAAACAUACUGGAGAGAAGCCCUAUGAAUGUAAACAGUGUGGUAAAGCCUUUGCACAGAACAGUAAUCUUCAGAAUCAUAAAAGAAAACAUACUGGAGAGAAGCCCUAUGAAUGUAAACAAUGUGGUAAAGCCUUUGCAUGGAGCAGUUAUCUUCAGAGUCAUAAAAGAACACAUACUGGAGAGAAGCCCUAUGAAUGUAAACAGUGUGGUAAAGCCUUUGCAUGGAGCAGUUAUCUUCAAAGGCAUAAAAGGGCACAUACUGGAGAGAAGCCCUAUGAAUGUAAACAGUGUGGUAAAGCCUUUGCACGGAACAGUCACCUUCAGAAUCAUAAAAGAACACAUACUGGAGAGAAGCCCUAUGAAUGUAAACAAUGUGGUAAAGCCUUUGCACAGAACAGUCAUCUUCAGAAUCAUAAAAGAACACAUACUGGAGAGAAGCCCUAUGAAUGUAAACAGUGUAGUAAAGCCUUUGCACGGAACAGUGUUCUUCAGAGUCAUAAAAGAACACAUACUGGAGAGAAGCCCUAUGAGUGUAAACAAUGUGGUAAAGCCUUUUCAUGGAGCAGUCAUCUUCAGAGUCAUAAAAGAACACAUACCCUAUGA